AUGUUUUUAGUGAUUAUUUUAUCUAUUGUUAUAACUGCUCUUUUCUUUGUAUGGUAUUUAUCACGACGUAAAUUUGACUAUUGGAAGAAGCAGAAGGUUCCGCAUUUAAAGCCUUCCACUAUAGUCGGCAAUUAUGGUGAUUAUAUAUUCCUCAAAAAGUUUUUAGGAACUGUUACCCAUGAGAUUUUACAAAAGUUUCCUAAAGAACCUUACGUUGGUGCGUACUAUGGGACAGAGCCCGUGCUCAUCCUGCAGGAUCCUGAGAUGGUGAAAUUGGUUACCACUAAAGAUUUCUACUAUUUCCACGGCAGGGAAGUGACCAAUUAUACGCACAAGGAGAUCACCACCCAUAAUCUUAUAUUUUGUGGUGGUGACGAAUGGAAAGUAACACGUCAACAUUUAACCCCACUAUUCUCUGCCUCUAAAAUGAAGAACAUGUUCCAUCUUAUUGAAAAGUGUGCCAUCGAAUUGGAAGAAUUACUCGACAAUGAUCCGAACUUACUGAACAAGUGCGAUAUUAGAGACCUUAUGGCAAGAUUUACUAUGGCGUGCAUAUUUUCCUGUGCAUUUGGAGUGGACAUAAACACAUUUUCUAAAGAGCAUGAAUCCAACCCGUUUGUUAAAAUGGGCAAGUUGCUAUUUGAAACAUCCACCUUAAGAGGUUUUCUAAACAUAGGUCGAGCCGUUUGGCCCAAGAUCUUCUAUAUGCUUGGAUUUCAAAAUUUCCCACCUACGAUGAAUGAUUUCUUCAAAAAAUUCCUUGCCGAAGUGUUCGCAGGACGUCAAUACAAGACGACGGGGAGAAACGAUUUUGUAGACCUCCUUCUGCUUUUGAAGGAGAAAGAAUUUCUGGUCGGUGAUUGCAUCUCAAAUAGUAAAACUAAUGAGAAUAAAAAGCUGCAGUUGCCACUGACAGACGAUUUUAUGAUAGGCCAAUGCAUCGUUUUCUUCGCUGCUGGUUUCGAGACGUCUGCGUCAACCUUGAGCUACACUCUGUUCGAGUUAGCGAAGAAACCUGACAUUUUGAAGAAGGUCCAGGUGGAAAUUGAUGAAUUCUUAAUAAAACAUCACAAUAAACUGGAAUAUGAGUGCGUUACUGAGCUGCCUUAUACGGAGGCUUGUGUUGAUGAGACCCUGAGACUGUACCCGGUGUUGGCUGUAAUCACGCGCGAGGUGAUGGACGAGUACACUUUCCCGACCGGUCUGACGGUGCACAAAGGCGUGCGCAUACACAUACCUGCAUACCAUAUGCAUCGCAACCCCGAGUACUUCCCGGAACCGGAGAAGUUCCGUCCAGAAAGAUUUUUACCACCCGAAAAGAGCAAAAUUGUGUCCCAUAGUUACCUUCCAUUCGGAGACGGAGGCAGAAUUUGCAUUGGCAUGAGAUUCGCAAAGAUGCAAGUACUGGCUGGUUUGGUGGCUCUUCUGAAGAAGCACAACGUCGAGUUAGCAGAAGGAAUGCCCUCAGUUCUCGAAUUCAACCCCCGUUCCAUCGUCACCCAGUCUUACAGCGGCAUUUACCUCAGAAUUACUCCCAGGGUAGACCUGAAGACAUAA